AUGGCCAGACCGGCUACUGACAGCUGUCGGUUACUUGUGCAUGGCUCGGUAGAAUUUCCUUCUAUAAAAAUGAGCGUUGAAGGUAAGACACAGUCAUCACUUUGUUCUUCUCCAUUCUCGUUUCUUCCUCCAACUUUCGUCGGUGCAAAAAGAAUGGAGGGCAAAGGUGCUUAUAAGAGACUUGGCAAUGGGCUGCCUCCUAUCCCAUUUUCACUGAAUAGGAGUAAUGGCGGCGCUAACAGAGAAACGAUGUCCUCUGAGAAUCUGUCAACCACUGUGGACGCUGAUCUAGACAAGAAGCAGAAACGAGUUCUUGCAAGUAGACAAUAUUCGCAGAAAUAUAGACUUAAACAGCUCCACUAUAUCCUGCAACUCGAGACAGAAGUGAAGGCUCUCCAAGCUGAAGUAGCGAUUACUUCUCCCAGGAUCAGAUAUGUUCAUCAGCAGAACUCAUUGCUUCGAGCAGAAAAUAGUUCCAUGACGAAAAAACUUAGUGCCAUUGCUAGUGAAUUUACAUUUAAAGAAGCUCAAUAUGAGGAACUGAAGAGGGAGAAUGAGAUAUUGAAGAAACUCUACCAACUUCAACUACAGGCCACAGGAAUGGUCAAAUCCAAAUCUGUAGAUCAGAAUGACAAACUAGGAUUUAAACCUUAUGCUUCAAUGUCCUCGCAGAUGCUUAACCGGAACAUGAAUCCAUUUGCACCCGGACAGAUUUGA